AUCCUUCGGGGCAGGCGGGUUCUUAAACCAAGGGUGCCCCCCUCUCCGGCAUUCGACGGGAAGGCGUCCUCGGCCUUGCUACCAGCUCUUCCCCUCCAUGUGGCUGGGACUCGGACACUAACCCAAAAAAAUGGGGGGUCCAGCCGACGCCGGAAAGGGCCAAGCCUUCCUAUGGUCGCUCCUCGUGUGCACCGUGGUGCUCUCUCCAACCUUGGCCAUCAAAGUUUACACGGCAAACGAGAUCCACGGUACGGUGGGAUCUAAAAUUAAGCUCUCUUGCUCUUUCUGGUCCAACGAGUGGAUCUCCGACGACAUUUCCAUCACUUGGCACUUUCAGCCGGAACGUGGAAAGGACAGCAUUUCGAUAUUUCACUACGCCAAAGGCCAGCACUACAUUGACAACGUUGGGUCCUUCAAGGAGCGCAUCGAGUGGAUCGGGGACCCUCGCUGGAAAGACGGUUCCAUUAUCAUCCAUGACCUGGAAUAUACCGACAACGGGACCUACACUUGCGAUGUCAAAAACCCGCCGGACAUUGUGGGGAGAACAUCACAAGUCACCCUCUACGUCUUUGAGAACGUUCCUACCAGAUACGGCGAAGUCCUGGGCGGCGUCAUCGGAGGUGUCUUGGCUGUGGUCUUAGUGGUCCUGCUGAUAGCCUACCUCAUCAGGUACUGCUGGCUGAGGAGACAAGCCACCCUCCAGAGACGGCUCAGCGCGAUGGAGAAAGGGAAACUGAGGCUGGGGAAGGAUUCUUCUAAACGGCGUCAUCAGACCCCCGUCCUGUACGCCAUGCUGGACCACAGCCGCCUAACCAAGAGCGACAAGAAAUCCAGGGGAGGCUUUGGAGACUCGCGCAAAGAUAAGAAAUAGCGGUUAGCCGGCAGAGAAGGUAUCGAGAAGAAGGCGGCCAAGAGGCAGGUGGUCAUGACCAUCGAGAUGGAACCGAAGAAGGACCACCUCGAGGCCGAAGGCCUCAAGCCUGCCGUCAAGUCCCCCAGCAAGAACAGCCUCAAAAACGCGCUCAUGAAUAUCAUUAAAAGUGAUUCGGCCUUAUAAUUCGAACACGGGGCCUUUCCUGGCCUUCCUCUUCUCCGGGCAGGGGAGGGG